UGUCAGACAUUCGUGUCACGAAACAGUGUUUCUAAAAUAUAAUGGCUCGUUCAAAGGUAGCAUUUCUUAAUACAGUACCAUCUGAAAAAGAAUUUUUAGAAGAAUAUGACAAAUAUAAUGCAACUGUAUGGUUCUUGUUGAUUUUUAUUCUUAGAAGUACAACACCAUUUUGCCUAGCGUUACAAACAGGUUUAUUCGAAUACUCUGACGGCAUUGACAUGUAUAUGAAAGCAUUUAAUAUACACAAUAUCUCGUAUGAGAUUCCUUACUUUGCGUCAGCCUGUGAUAAAGAAUACUAUUAUAAAAAUAAUACUUUAGGAGGCAACUAUCUUAUGACAGUCAAAAAUUGCAAAAGAAAAGAUCUUAUUUUAUGGAUGGCCUUCAUGAAGAGUGCAGGUUAUUGCCUAGGAACAGUCGUGGGAGGUAUUUUGUCGGAUAUCUUCGGACGACGAAUUAUUUGUCUCUACUCAUGUUUCAUUUGGAACAUUUCAUCUUGGGCUAUAAUAUUUAUUCGAAACAUCGUCAUAUAUGAAACGAUAUAUGUUAUUAUCAUUGCCAGCAGCAGCAUUGUGGAUGCCAUUACAUUUGUAUCCUUUGGCGAAAUUUCCAAUAAGAAAUAUCGAAUUUUGACUGCCUACACCACAUUUUUCUGUGUACCAGGUUAUAUAAUGUCGCAAUAUUUGACAAAGGCUCUUUUUUUUACCUGUUGGUACAUACCCGAAUCGCCGAGGUGGUUGAUAAACACUAACAGAAUACAAGCCGUAUAUCAACAACUAAACGAAAUUUCUGGAAAAAUUUACUUCUUUGGGGAAGAAAAUGCAGCAGCACAACCAAUAAGACAGAUAACUUUAGCCAAAAACAUGUUUGGUUUUCUGUUUAAAAAUAAGAUGAAAAAUUUGAUAGAAGUACAAUUUGAAACAUAUAAUCCAUAA